CACACGAAGUAAAUAGAGUUUUGUUCCGUUGGUUUCGUCACGGAAGCCAAAGAAGUGAAGAACACACUUAAACUGAAACCGCCGAACGAAUCUUAAAUGAAGCAAAAAACUAUUUCCUUUUUUUUUUAUUUUCUCUCUCUGGUUGUCACUGGUUGGGCUCUCUGUCCCAAGACGCCACCUUUCUCUGCAAAAAAUCACUGCCCUCCUACCCCUAACAUAUGUCUCCCUCUUCUCUAUCUCUAUCCACACAUCCUCUUUUUUAUUUACUACCAUUAUUUAUUAUCACCUCUCUCUCUCACCAUCACUCUUAUUUACCACAUUGCCACCAACUUCUUCUUCUUCAUCUUUCAAGAGGGUUUUAGGGUUUUGGUUUCUCCACAUUGUACUCCACUCCAUUCAAUACACAUUGGUAUUCCCCAAUCUUGACGUUUGGGGUUUUCGGUUUGUCGUUUAUUUAUUUGAUAGUUAUAUUAAACCAUUCCAAGUUUUGUUUUUUUACAUAGCUUAUCUGGGUCUCUGUUUUAUGCGUUUUUUGAGCUCUGUGACUGUUCAUAUUUUAAUAUUUUCCCCCCAUCUGUUCUUGUGUUGCUACAUUUUCAUUGUUUAGCCUUAGCUUCUACUUUUCAUUUUUUUUAACUUGCUAAAAUGCUUGUUUGACUUUGAUCUAUGGUUUUUUUCUCUAUAUAGGCUUCCUUCAACCGAUAAUGAGCUUCAAUGUUGCAGAAAACUUUAUAGUCAUUAUCAGGCAAUAGUUGAUGGGUUUUGAAUCUUGACGUUUCAGGAGAGAGAGAGAGACAGAGAGAGUGUGUGUCUGAGUUUUUGGUGUUUGCUUUUUGAAAAAAAAAAUGGGGGAAGUAAGAAGGCAUUCUUUAGAUGUACCCAUCACAAGAACGCUCGUGGCUCUUCGUAGGGUCCGGUCACUGAGAGAUCCAUGUACCAACUCAAUGAGCAAGUUCGCUUCUCUCCUCGAAAACGUCAAAUGGGAAACCGCUUCCAACAACAACGGGAUCUCUCUUCAGUUCGUGAACGACGAUGAUCCUCCCAAGGAGGCUGAUGAUAAUGAUGAUGCUCAUGUUGGUUUGGUUCCUUACGAAUCGUACUCGAUCAUGGAGGAGCUAGAGAACGGUUGCGAUCUUCACAAGCUGAGCAACAGGGUGGUGCUUAACGGAAGAGAAGGAGACCCUUGCUCUAGUGAAAGAUCCUAUGGUGAAGGUAGAGAGUUAGCAUGUAAUGCGCCAACACGUUACUCCACAAAGCUAGCUAGCUCGGUUGGUGAAUACAGUAGCCGUGUAGGAGGUAGCAGUCCAAUGACGUCGACAAACCACAGCUAUGGAGAUCAUCAUGAAGAUGUUGAAUGUAACCGUGGCUGUGGAAUAGCCUCUUGCUGGUCAAUAACGCCGAGGUACAACAGAGGAUCAUCAAACCAGUCCUCUGACGCAGAAGAGUAUCCUUUACUACUAUCUAGCAACCCCGAGAGUAACGCUGUGACACCGAGGAGUCACGUGUCGAGAAGUCUGAGUCAGAAGUUCAGACCGAAGUCUUUCGAUGAGUUAGUCGGACAAGAAGUCGUGGUGAAGUGUCUCUUGAGCACGAUUUUAAGAGGGAGGAUCACUUCUGUUUACCUCUUCCACGGUCCUCGCGGGACCGGUAAAACUUCAACCUCUAAGAUAUUCGCCGCUGCUCUAAACUGCCUCUCACAGGCUGCUCAUAGCAGACCGUGCGGCUCGUGCAGCGAGUGCAGUUCAUACUUGUCUGGAAGAAGCGUUGACGCGAAGGAGAUGGAUUCAGCUAAACUAAACAGGCCUAGCUACCUCAGGUCUUUCGUCAAAAGCGCUUCUCUUCCUCCCGUUUCGUCUAGGUUCAAGGUGUUCAUCAUAGACGAGUGUCAGUUACUAAGCCAAGAGACUUGGGGAACGCUCUUGAACGGUUUGGAUAAUAAUAAUCUCUCUCAGCAUUCUGUUUUUAUACUGGUCACGUCGGAGCUAGAGAAGCUGCCUCGUAACGUCCUCUCAAGGUCUCAGAAGUAUCAUUUCUCCAAAGUGUGCGAUGCGGAUGUAUCCAGUAAGCUGGGGAAGAUUUGUGUGGAGGAAGGUAUUGAUUUUGAUCAGGGUGCGGUUGAUUUCAUCGCUUCUAAAUCUGAUGGUUCGCUUAGGGAUGCUGAGAUAAUGCUUGAUCAGUUGAGUUUGCUCGGCAAAAGAAUAACUACAUCUCUGGCCUAUAAGCUUAUUGGGGUUGUUUCUGACGAUGAGUUGCUUGAUCUGCUUGAUCUUGCACUGUCUUCUGAUACUUCGAACACGGUUAUAAGAGCGAGGGAGCUGAUGAGAUCCAAAAUAGAUCCUAUGCAGCUUAUUUCACAGCUAGCUAAUGUGAUUAUGGACAUUAUUGCUGGAAAAUCUCAAGAGAAUAGUUCAGCAACCAGACUUCGGUUUCUUACAAGACAUACCUCUGAAGAAGAGAUGCAGAAACUGAGUAAUGCAUUGAAGAUACUAUCUGACGCCGAGAAACACUUGAGAGCAUCCAAAAACCAGACAACCUGGCUCACUGUUGCACUGCUCCAACUUAGCAACACCGACUCGUCUUCCUACGCAGCAAAUGAAAAUGGAUUGUGUUUAAGAAGCCAAAGAAGCAAAGACGGUGACCUCUCCAGCACAUCAUCUGAUUGUCCUGGUGAUGUCGUUAAACAAACCGAAGAGUGUCAAGACAUAAACUGUAACGAAACAGUUGAAACAGUGUGGAAAACAGUCACAGAGUUGUGCUGUUCAGAUUCACUAAGGAGAUUCUUGUGGAAACGAGGGAGGUUAACUUCACUUACUAUUGACAAAGGUUCAAGUGUGGCAAUAGCAGAACUAGAAUUCUACACACCUCAACACGUAACAAGAGCUGAAAAAUCAUGGAAAACUAUUGCAGACUCAUUCCAAACCGUGUUGGGAUGCAAUGUUGAGAUUCGCAUUAAUCUUGUUAUAUCUGAGUGUUCUCCACCAAAGAGUGCUAGAGCAGCAGGAAGGCUUUUCUCUGGACUUUUCAGCUGCUCUCGUAGAAUGCUGCACAAGUCUUACCUGACUACUAUAACCGACUCUGAUCAUCACUCACCUGAAGUUACAAAUUCCUUGAGAAGUUGCCAAGGGAAUGUCUUGAGGGCUCGAAGCGUACGUUCUUCAGCCAAUGCAUCGUCGAGGAUGAGCAGUGCAAGUGAUCAAGGCGAUGUAUAUUCUGCUAUGUGUACUCCACAUAUGCCUCCGGGUGACAAAAGGCCAGAAGAUGACACUGAUGUGUUGUGUUGGAGGAGGACUCCACUAGGCAAGGAUCAGGGAGAGACACAGAACAGCAAGAGCUCAAGGCUCAUUGGCAGAGUUCUUCCCUGCACUGCAGCUGGUUAAGCGAGCUUGAUGACACAAACCCAUUUUGUGGAACCAUUAGAUUUUAUUAGCUAAUCCAUGAAGAUGUUUCAAGACCAUAUAUUAGAUUAGCAUAUACUAAUCAAAUCAUUAAAGGACAUAAAUCAUUUUACCGUCUAAUUUAAGCCCUUUUAUUCCC